AAGGGCAGAGGUGGGGAAAGCCCCGUGUCUGGCUCCAGAGUGAAUAGAGUCCAGUGUCUAGCGCCAGAGGAGCUGAGAUCCAGUGACAGACAGCUGGAGAAAGGCUGCGAUCUGGUCGCUGAUGUAAUGAGUUCUCUUUCGCUGCCGUUUCUGAAAAAAAAAUGAACCAGUCACUCUGAACCAGGGAGCAGAGCCCAACUGUUCUGCAUUAAUCCCUGCUCAAUCCGAUUUCUCUAACCUGGACGUCAGCGUUUGAGGGAUUAGCCCUCUCAAGGCUCAAUCCCUCACAGUUAGCUGCUGUUGCACAGCCCUCCCGCUCCUCACCACUCAGCCUUGUAUCAAGAUGGCUUUUGAGCUGGAUGGUUUGCAAGCGGAGUGCGACACUGAUCUGAUUGAGAAUUCUUCACUUUAUUCUACAAUGCUCCCAGGAAGUGUUUUGGACGAGGAUAGUCAGAGACUGCGCCAGCAGAAGCUUGACAAUCAGCGGAAUCUCUUGAAACAGAAACAGAGGCGGAAACGACAGGAUGUCCUCAUGGUUCAGGCUAACCCACAUGCCAAGGUGAAGCCCAGACACCAGAAGAACCCUGAAAAGCAGCCAUCUUCAUUUGAAAGGCAGAGUGUUAACGCUCUUUCAGAUUUCUCCUGCAAGAUCAACGUGGAGGAGAUUUGCAAUACACGGCUCUACCCGGAGUCUCUCGAUAACGGGGACUGCUUGGUUCUGGACCAAGAUAAUCGUGACAAGGCUGUAAUUGACAAGGAACAGGCGUGGAACCUGGAAGAAGAUCUGCUGGAGGUUUCCGUGGAGGAACUGCGGGAGAGUGCUGCGGAGAGGCCACGAAAUCUCUUCAGGCUGCGCGAGCACCCGGCGGCAAAGGCUGAGAAAGAAACGUUAGUCGGUGACUCGACAGUGAUCACCAGCGGGGCCAAACGCCACAGCCUUCCGAACAUGAAAUUGCGAACGGGAGCAAGAAGAGACAGAAAUCCGCAGUGCUCAGAAGCGGGUGAUGAGGUUGUGGCUUUUCGGGAAGAGGUGGAGGAGAUCAACAGGAAGGUUAAAACUUUCAUGGUGGGAGACUCGAACGAAGAUCAGGAGCAGCCUGCCUCGGCAAAGAGAAACAGUCAAACAAAGAUAAAAGCUCUGUCCCAGAAGAAGCUCAUCGAUGAGGAUGAUCCAGAAGAGGAGGAGGAAGAUGAAGAUGAGGAAGAUGAAGACGAGGAGGACGAGGGCGAAGAGGAGGAGGAGGACGAGAGGGAAGGGGGGGAAAGCAUCUCUCCACAGACCAACACUGGCAAGCAAACAGACCCUGUCCCUGCUAAAAUUUCCUGUGAUGAGGUCUCCAAAGCGGAGAGCGUCCCGGUUAAAGUCGGUAAUCUGGAAGAUUUUGCGUUCAAACCUGCACCCCAGGGAACCGUGGUGAAAUGUCGGAUCACGCGGGACAAAAAGGGAAUGGAUAAGGGAAUAUUCCCAACCUACUACCUCCACAUGGAGAGAGACGACGGGAAAAAGAUUUUCUUGAUGGCCGGCCGCAAACGGAAGAAGAGUAAAACGUCCAACUAUGUCAUCUCCACAGACCCGACGAACCUGUCCCGUGGCGGAGAGAGCUUCAUUGGCAAGCUGAGGUCGAAUGUGUUUGGGACCAAAUUCACAGUGUUUGACAAUGGUGUGAACCCUGAAAAGACCCCCAUGGUGCCAGAGAGCGCCACCAUCCGAGAGGAGAUAGUGGCCAUCUGCUACGAAGCCAACAUUCUUGGGUUUAAAGGGCCUCGGAAGAUGACCGUGAUUAUUCCAGGGAUGAACGUGAACUGUGAGAGAGUUUGCAUUCGACCAAAAAACGAACACGAGACGCUGCUGACCCGCUGGCAGAAUAGGAACAUGGAGAACAUUAUCGAGCUCCACAACAAGGCCCCGGUCUGGAAUGAAGACACUCAGACCUAUGUUCUGAACUUCCAUGGCCGAGUCACCCAGGCCUCCGUGAAGAACUUCCAGAUAAUCCAUGCCAACGACCCGGAUUACAUAAUUUUGCAGUUUGGUCGUGUCGCUGAUGAUGUGUUCACCAUGGACUAUAACUAUCCCCUGUGCCCUCUCCAAGCCUUUGCAGUCGCUCUCUCCAGCUUCGACAGCAAGCUGGCUUGUGAGUAGAGACGUGAGCCCUGCCUGGAGGUGUGCAGAGGGGCGGCCAACCUCCAAAUGAACAGCGAGGCUGGAAGGAGAUCGAAGUGACACCAGCACUUUGACAUAGAGGGUCACAGAACUUCUGUCAAUUUACUGGGAUAUUUGACCUUAAUCCUCAGACAAUAUUUUUAAGGAAUACUGCCAGAGUCCAGGAAAAAAUUAAUGAUAGUCAUGUUAAAUGUUUGGACUGCAGACUCUGUAUCUUGUAUGUGCCUCUAACCAGAUACCACUCCCCUCCUGGAUAAUGUUGAUUAGCUGUGCUCGAAUGUUAUGGGGGGUGAGAGAAGGGUGAUGGUAACACAAGAGGUGGGGCCCACUGGGUAGUAGCAGACUCCCUGAGCCCAGUCAGCCAUUCCCACGCCAGAUGACAUAAAAAGGGAUGGGGGACCCGCAUCUUAGAAACACCCAGUAGAAGAGCGCUGAAUGCUCGACCUGCUCAAAGUUCAAAAAUUCGAGGUAUAUUUGUUAUCUAAGUAUAUAUAUAUUGUACAACCUAGAGGUUUGGCUCCUUACAGGCAGCCACAAAACAAGAAACCCCAAAAAAUCCAGCAAAGAGAGGGAAAACAAAAGAAAUGGUGCGAGCGAACAGCAUUUAAAAAGAGAGUGAGUCCACAGACACGAAGCCUGGAGUAGGCCCACAGCCUGAUUGUCAGUUUAUCACACAGCAGAGUAAACGUUGCUGAGCAAAACCAGCCCAAGCCUCGUCUUCGGUCCCAACACCCUGCCUUUUCAAUCCAUCCGGUCCGGCGUUUAAACCAUCUAAACGUCCGGUCGUUCCUCGAUCUGAGGCCCACUCACUCUGAUUUGCCCUGGGCCUCUUCCGGCCCAACCUUUCCAGAUCCACCCAGCACUGAGGUUGAUCAGAACCUCACUCUCGGUUGCCUGCUUGACCCAGGCUGGAGAUGGGAGACUGCAGAUGCUGGGAUAUGGAGUGAGAAGCGAGCUAUUAGAGGAACUCAGCACAUUAGACACCACCUAUGGUGUCAGAGGGACGAGUGACAUUGCAUGUCAAGAACCUGCUGCAUGGUCUCGACCUGUUUAGCUCCACAGACGCUGUCCAGACCUCCAGCCGGCCGUUUGCUGUAGACUAGGCUGGCAUCUGAUCUCCUUCAGAAAAGCUUACGCCCAAGGCAUUGAAGGUCUAACAGUGCGAUUUUCCCCAGAUUCCAUUUCGCUCAGUGUGAUACCUAGGACUGUUAUGGUGUGAAAGAAACCAAAGGGCUGCAUUGGACAGGUGAACACAGACCCCAGAGUUCCUGAUCUGGCGGAGAGAUCACCCUCCUCUUCACUAAUAACAAGACCAAUGGAGGAGUCCACUCGGCCCAUCAGGUCCAGCCUGGUUCCUGCCAUGCAGUCCCCUUGGUACAAUUCCCUCUCCUUGUUUCCCUGCAGCUCUGUGGAUAAUUCUCUCUCUGGCUGGUUUUCCAGGACUUCUGACUUCAGUUUCUGUGGGCAGCCAUUGCCCCUGAUUUUAGUUUGGUUUUCACUCUCUCUCUCUUUAUGGCACUUUAACAACACAUUGCUGUGCGAUGACACCGGUGCCAAGCUGCUUGGGUCCUAGUGCCCUUCCCUUGGACAACAUCGGUGGUGUGGAGAGGGGAAGGCCUGCAGCUUGGGCAACUGCCAGUCUCCCAUACAACCCUGCCCAGGCCUGCAGCCUAGAAACUUCCCAAGGCACAAAUCCAUGGUCUCUCGAGACUAACGGACGUCUAUAUUUGUAUCUUUCCCUCUAUUUCUCUAUCUCUUUUUAUCUCUCUCUAUCUAUCUCUCUUCCUCUAUCACUAUUUCUCGUUCUAUCUUGCUUUCUAUCUCUACCCCUCUCUCUUUCUUUCUUUCUUUCCUUGUUCCCCCCCCCCCCGCCCCAACGGGGAGCAGAACACAUUGAGGUGGGGACAGGGCAGUGGGGCAGCACAGGUGACAGGGAGCGUGUGUGUGGGGUGGGCGGGAGGGGGAGUGAGGUGACGCAGAGUGACACGGUGUGACGAGGAGACGGGGAGUGGGACUAAUGAGUAAUGGAAGAAUAAGGAGUGGGGGAUGGAGACUGGAGUGAUGGGGAGUAGGUUAACACAGAGUGAGGGAUGCAGAGAGGGGGUUAGUCAGGAGGCGCGUGGGUAUCCCGCCACUUCCAUCCCUCCUGGCACACCGAGAGGUAAUGCGUUGAACACUUUACAGUUCCUACCCCACGGGCCCCCAUCCCUGCCCACCCCAACUGACCAGCCCUCGGGAAGCUGCUGAUGGCCUGACGGGCCUGGAGCUGGGUGAUCUCGGCUCAGUGGUGGUGAGUUGCUGCGGGCAGUGAGUGGGACUCGGACACAGCCCGAACCGGCCGUGGAGGCUCUCCCAUCCCGUGAGGCCUCCACAAACUCAGCAGCAGUGUUUGGUGCCCGAGUCAGCAGCUCCUUGCGCUCAAUAUCGGCGCUGGAGAUAGUGAGUGGCAGCAGGACUUCGAACCUUUUUCAGUCCAAGGCCGUGGUUUAUAACAAGGGUGGCCCAUCUCUGCUGGUGUGGGGGUCGGAGUGGGCGCAGAAGUGGGAAUGUCCUGGGUGUGGGAUUAUUGAGGUGGGGGAGCGGGAACAGAUUUUGAAAAAAUCACCCCAACUGGGGUCGCUUAGUGAUGUUUGGGGCUAUGGGUUGGAUCCAGUUAAAAUGAAAGGUGCCAAGGAUCUGAGGGAGGUCAGAUCCUAGCGGGAGGGGAGGAGAAUGCACUCAGAGGAGGAGCAGAGUGGAGGCAGUGGUGGCUUCUUGACUGUGGAUGUCCAGCCGGGCUGGAGACAGUUCUCUGAGCUCCUGUGUUUUCAGAGGCCUGACCAUCCCAGGCUUGGGGCAGAGAUUUGCUAACGGGGUUGGGGGUGUCAGUGGGGUCAGAACAUUUCUUCCUCAGUCUUCCUCCAGCUGCUGGGAUUCCUGAUUCGCAGGGAGAGGUUUAGGAAUCCGGUCCAUUGCCUCUUCCAAUCCCAGCCUCUCCAACUCCAAGUCCCAGAGAGACACAGCACAGACCCAUGACCGUCACCCACUUACUCUCCCUAGUUCCCAUCUAUCUGUGUACACACUCGACCAUACAUAAAGGGCCAAUGAACGGGUGUCACAUCCGAACUAUCUACAUGAUACGAUAUGGAGGUGGGGGCCUUCAGCCCAUGCAGCGGGCUCCCCCUCUCCACACAGCUAAUGGAUCUAAAGGGACGGCAGAGACCGAUACAGUUUGGCGCCAGCAGCGUUGCAGGAGCUGCCAGUCGGCGUUGAACUCAACGUAGGGAGCUCUGGCUCCGGUUAUUUCCUCAAAGUUACUCCCGAUGCCGUGGGUUGCUGCAGCCAUAAAGCAGCAAGGGUUUGAGAUCAGAGUUUUCCUUCCCCUAGAUGAGCUGCCAUCUGCCUGAAGCAAUUGGCUUCAAGGCAACAGUAAGAGACUGUUGCCCCUUUCCCUGCCAGUUCCUGUUAAGCAGCAUGAUUACCUGCUUUUCACUGCACUAUAAUUUCACUUAUUAUUUAUUUAGCGAGACAGCGUGGAGUAAGCCACACCACCCCAGUAACCCCUGACAAACCCGAUCAAAUCUAGCCUAAUGACUGGACAAUUUACAAUGACCAAUCACCCUACCCGGUAGGGCUAUGGGCUGUGGCAGGAAGCUGGGACACUCGGGGCGGUGGGGAAGAAUCCCACACAUUCCAUGGGGAGGACAUAGAGAUGGUGCUGGAAUUGAACUCUGAACUCUGCAUUCCCCUCCCCCCCCCGAGCUGUAAUAGCUUUGGGCUAAUGUGACACUACUGGGACAGUCAUAUUUCUCAUGUAUUGCACAUAUUUAAUGAACUUUACAUUGACUUUGCUAAAUGCAACCCAGAAGAGCUGGAAGUCUAACGGAUAGAGCAAGGCCCUGUCACUCAAUCCCAAUAGCCCAUUCACCUGCACUUAUUCUCACCUGCCCACUGUUCCCUUACCUGUCUCACACUGAAACAAUCACCUUAACAGUGUUUUCAACCCUCCCCCCCCCCAUUCCUGCCCCACAGCCAGCCUGAACUGAACAAUAUUAGAACAUAGACAGGGUAAAGCUGUGUAUUUAACAGUAACACUGGACAAUAAAGAUUCCACUUCCUGAAUACUUUAGUGGGUGUAUCUUAUGGAUUUUGGGCUCCUGGGUCAUGAAAAUUACUUUGAAAUUUCCCUAUCGCACACCGUUUAAAAAAUUGCCUAUAUCUGUUAUUGCAAUUCAUAAUUCAAGUCAGAACAACUGAUGCCAAGAUGAAGGAAGGCAUUUUUGUUGGUCCACAAAUCCAACAGGUCAUCAAUGACAGGCAAUUCGAAGAACUUCUAGUGGGACCGGAGAAAAUCACAUGGAAGGCAUUCGAAGAUGUUGCUGAAAACUUUCUUGGCAACUACAGAGCAGCAAACUACGUCUAGCUAGUUGGACAACAUGCUUCAAGCUUAUAAAACCAUGAAGUGAAACAUGUCACUAAAGAUUCAUUUUCUGCAUUCCCGUUUAGACCGUCCCUGCAGAUACUGGUGCUCGAGCAUGGUGAAAGGACAUUGUGGUCAUGGAGAAACGGUAUCAGGGCAACUGGAAUCCAUCAAUGCUGGAUAAUUAUCAUUGGACACUUAAGUGAGAAGCCUCAGACACUGGGUAUAAACGAAAAUCAUCAAUGAAACAUUUUAGCUUAGUUGAACUACUGCAAAGGGUCAGCAAUUAAAUGCAUUAUAUUCAAUAAAAGCUGA